AUGGCGGCCGCAAACCUUCAUGAGUUGCUCUUCAUCAUCAUAUUCAUUCUCCCUUCCCUGUUCCUCGUCUCCUCCAAUGGCCAGACCCGAAUCGGGGUCGUCCUUGACUUGGGGACGAGAAUCGGGAUGGAGCAGAAAACCGCCAUGGAAAUAGCUGGGAGGGAGUUCAACAUUUCCCUCCAUUUCCGUGACUGCUCUUCUUCCCUCGCCGCAGGCAGAAGCCUCCUCCGUGCGGCGGCCGCGGCGGAGGAGCUGAUCAGAGACGAGGCAGCCGAAGCCAUCGUCAUGGGGACGGACAGCUGGGAGGAGACGGCUCUAGUCGCUGACGUGGCUGGAAAUGGAGCCAGAAUCCCGGUCGUAUCCUUCGCCGCCGCGCCGCCGGGGGAUUCUCGCUCCUCACGGCUGUCGUCGUUCUUGGUCCGGAUGGGUCAUGGAAAUACCCAGCAAAUGCGGUGCGUUGCGGCGCUGGUCAAAUCGUACAAUUGGAGGCGGGUGGUCGCCGUUUACCAAGAGAACGCGUUCGGUACCGAUUCCUCCGGCGAGUUGACUCUUCUCUCCGACGCAUUGCACGAAGUCGGCGCCGAAAUCGAGCACCGAAUACUACUUCCUCUGUUUCUCCCGUCGAAUUCUUCAAACGCCGUCGUUCAAGAUGAGCUGAUAAAAGUUAUCGACUCGGUUCAAUCUCGGGUAUUCAUCGUCCUGCGAUCUUCGCUUCCCGUGGCGGUUGAUUUGUUCCGGGAAGCGAAGAAGUUGGGACUCGUCGGAAUGGACGCGGCGUGGAUUUUGACGGCGAGAGUGGCAGAGUAUCUCGACUCUGUAGAUCCCUCUGGUCUCUACUCCAUCGAAGGCGCUCUAGGAAUCAAAACCCAUCGCACAGAAUCUUCCACCUCGUUUCGUGAAUUCAAAGCUCAAUUCGGGAGGAAAUUCAGGCUCAAUUACCCAGAUGAUCAUUACUCCGAGCCCAGCUUCCACGCUCUGCAAGCUCACGACGGAAUUUCAAUGAUCGGACGAGCUAUAGAAAAGAAGACGGCGAGCCAGAACAAAUUGUUGGAGAACAUAUUGGAAAGCAAAUUCACUGGUUUAACCGGCCGGAUUGAGUUCAGGGAUGGCGGGCUGGUGUCGCCGGAGGAAAAUGCUCUGAGGAUUGUCAAUGUCGUGGGAAAUGGGUACAAGAAGCUGGACUUUUGUGGGCCGCCGGAGAUGGCUUCCGGUAAACUGAAGCUAGGAGGUCCGGUGACGUGGCCAGGGGACCUAAACAGAGAUCCAAAAGGGUGGGGGAUGCCGACCGAUGCGAAGCCGAUGACUAUUGGAGUUCCGGGGAGGACGACGUUCGAGAAGUUCGUCCGAGUAGUGAACGCAAGCGACGGCGAGAAGAAGUACGAAGGAUUCUGCAUCGAGCUUUUCUGGAAGAUCUUAGACAAACUCGACUACAGACUCCCCUACAAAUUCGUGCCUUACAACGGCACAUACGAGGAUUUGGUGGAUCAUGUGUACAACAAGACCUACGACGCCAUUGUUGGUGACAUCACGAUUCUAGCCGACAGAUGGGAGAAAGUGGAGUUUACUCAGCCGUUUGCGGAAUCGGGGCUCUCGAUGAUCGUGCCAGCGGAUUCCAAGAAAUCUGCCUGGAUGUUCAUGAAGCCCUUCACCAUGGAGAUGUGGUUGGUCACUGGAUCUAUCUUGAUGUACACAGCAUUCAUCAUCUGGUUCUUGGAGCACCAGAGUAAUCCGGAGUUCAAAGGUCCUUUAAUGAACCAGAUGGGGACCGCGAUUCUCUUCACUUUCUCCUCGCUCUUCUUUGCCCACAGGGAGAAAGUGUAUAGCAACCUGACUCGUUUGGUGUUGGUGGUGUGGCUAUUCGUGGUGUUGAUACUGAACUCGAGCUACACAGCCAGCCUGACUUCCAUGCUCACGGUGCAGCGGCUGAAGCCAAACGUCACUGAUAUCGACUGGCUGAAGAAGAACAACCUGAGGGUAGGGUGCGAUGGAGAUUCAUUCGUCAGGAAUUACCUCGAAAAAGUGCUGGAAUUCAAAGCAGACAACAUUGAAAACGUCAAUAAUGAGUACAAUUAUGAAACCCAGUUCGAUAAGAAUCAAAUCUCUGCCGCAUUUCUGGAGCUCCCAUAUCAGAAAGUGUUCAUCAAUCACUACUGCAAGCGGUUCACUGCAACCGCACAGACGUUCAGAUUUGGAGGAUUGGGAUUUGUGUUUCAGAAAGGUUCUCCAAUAGCAGCCGAUGUAUCGAAGGCCAUCCUGAAGCUGUCAGAAGAAGGAGAGCUGAAGAGGUUAGAAGAGGAUUGGUUUUCUCCGUCUAGAGAGUGUUCAGGCAGUACGAGCGAUGACAACACCGAGAGCUUGAGCCUCCAGAACUUCUGGGGGCUCUAUGUUUUAUCUGGUGCAACAUCCACCGUCUGCUUGGUGGUGUUUCUAUUGCAUUUGUUGAGGAAGUACAGGGUUUGUCAGGAAGAGGAAGGACAUGGGGAUCUUAGUAUAUGGAACAAGACGGCUGAGUUAGCAAAGUACCUUUAUAGAGGGAAGGCUGUUGUGGAAAGUGCGCCGCCUCCAACUUCAGCAGAUGCAGGAGGAGAGGAUUGGAGUGUUUCAAGUUGCAUAUGUGAAAGCCCGCCUCCUCGCACUCCUGAUGAUCCAGGGAUUCCAGAAAGCUUUCAUGACAAUCCUGAUGAAAUAAGAAUUCCAGCAAUAGAGCUAGCUCAGGCUGUUAGGCAUGCAAAUAUGUAGAACUCCAGUGGCCGAAAUAUCUUUCACAUGCCUCUUUUAGAUAGGAAAUUUCUAAACUGGAUUCAGCAGUGAAGUACA